GCUUCACAGCUUGAUUCACAGAAGUCAAGCAAAAUUAAGAGUCUUUGUUUAAACUUUAAACAAUAAAAGAAUGUCUCAUACGCUUCAUACCCUUUUGCAGACAUUCCUCUACGGUUUUUUUCUAGAAUAACCAAAAGAAAUGGCAGACAAUCGGAUUCUGGGCUCUUCUCCUUUUCCGAUCCUCUGUCUUUGGGUCAUCUUUUCAUGUUUCUUUGGCAGCUGUUGUUCACUUGACGAGUUGGGUCUCUACAAUACUUUCACUAUUUCGAGCUUUAGAUACCCUGAAACCAAGCUCAAGCCUUUUGAUUCGCGUUAUAUCAGAGUUGAUUUGCCACCAUGGUUCUCUUGGAUGUCUAUUACAGUGGAGUCAGAUGUUGAUCUCGAUGCUAGCAGUACAAUAGGGGUUCCUAAAAGCUCACUGCCGAUAAUCUGCUUCAGAAACGGCAGCCCCCCAUUGCCAGAUAUCUCAAGAAAUUCUCUAAAAGGAUUAGGUUCCCUCUCUAAUGUGUCUUUUGAAGGAAUUCAUGGGCUUGACACUAUGGAAUGCUAUCCAAUGCAGAAAACUAUAUCGUUGAAUUUAGCAAAUGACCAGAUCUCUCCAGGAGUUUGGUAUCUUGGGCUUUUCAAUGGCAUUGGGCCUACAAGAACACAAUCAAAAAUGAUUAAUAGAGGUAAAGCAUACUCCUUCAGUGCUAAUAUCAGUGUGCAAGGAUGUGCAACCUCGACAACAUGGGGCCAGUACUGCAAUCGGACAGUUGAGCCACUUUCAUGUUUUCUAUCUGACAGCUAUGAUCUUACAGAAUCCCUCUCUGAUGGUAAUACCUACAACCAGAAGUGCGGAAAUUCUUAUGAAAUUAUGUGCCACAGAGAGAGUGAACCAAAAGUGUACUUCUUUGAGGUAGUGGGAAUAUCAGAACAAUUAAACAUUAUGGCAAUGAAUGUCACUGGGAGUUCUGAUAAAAUAAAUUUAAUGUGUUUUGCUCGGCUUGGUGCAAUGGCUUCAGCAACAAAGCAUGAUUAUUCUGGUGAUAUAAGUAAAGCCCCUUUAAUUAUUCACUCACCGAAGGUUGGCCGCUGGUAUUUAACUAUUAUUCCUGCUAAUCUUUCAAAAGAACCUGGAGGAAAUGAUAAUACCAGUUUAGGAAUUUGCUAUUCCAUGCUAUGGCAAGUUGUUGAAUGUCCCGUGGGAAAGGCUGGCUCUAAUUGUACCUGGGACAGAUACACACUUCAGACAGUUCUCAGGCGAGAUUCAACUCCUUUUGAGUCCUAUUAUUUGCCAGUCAGUGAAAAAGUCUCCUUCGAUUCUGCUAAUUUCCCAGUUGAGCCCCUUUCAAGCAACUCCUCAUACAGUGGAGAAUCAAAUAAUACCUGGACGUACUUUAUCUUAAAUGUUCCUCGCGGUGCAGCUGGAGUAAAUAUCCAUGUCCAAAUUAUCUCCGAUGCAAAGAUAAAUUAUGAAAUAUAUACUCGAUUUGGUGGAUUACCAUCUCCUGAUAGCUGGGACUAUUAUUAUGCAAACGGGACAAGAAGCAGUGAUGGUUCCAUAUUUUUUUUGAACGAUAAUUCAAGUGAAAGUAAGUUUAAUUUCUAUAUUCUAGAUGUUAGAGAAGGAACGUGGGGUUUUGGAUUAAGGCAUCUCAACACCUCCGAUAUCACUGCAAAUGAUCAGACUACCAUGUCUAUCUCGCUUGAAAGAUGCCCAAAACGGUGCUCCUCUCACGGGCAAUGUAGGUUGGCUUAUGAAGCCAGUGGAUUAACGUCGUACAGCUAUUGCGCCUGUGAUCGUAACCAUGGAGGCUUUGACUGUAGCGUUGAAAUUGUGUCACAUAAAGGACACUUAUGGCAGUCAAUUUCCCUCAUCGCAUCAAAUGCGGCAGCUGUACUUCCCGCUUUUUGGGCACUUCGGCAGAAGGCAUUUGCAGAAUGGGUGCUCUUUACGUCUAGUGGAAUUUCCAGUGGCUUGUAUCAUGCCUGUGAUGUCGGCACCUGGUGUGCAUUACCCUUCAGUGUCUUGCAGUUCAUGGACUUUUGGCUCUCUUUCAUGGCGGUGGUGAGCACUUUUAUUUACUUGACUACUAUUGAUGAAGCCAUGAAAAGGACAAUGCACACAGUUGUGGCUAUCCUUACAGCACUUAUGGCCAUAACUAAGGCUACCAGGUCAUCCAAUAUUAUCCUCGUCAUAGCAAUUGGAGCACUAGGACUUCUCAUCGGAUUACUGAUGGAACUCUCCACCAAGUAUAGGUCUUUUUCCACUUCAGUGGGGUUCUGUUUAAAUAUUCUUGACAGAUGGCAAACAAUUAAACGAUGGCUGCAUAAUUUACUCAAGACAUUGCUGAGACGAUUUCGCUGGGGUUUUAUAAUAGCAGGUUUUACUACAUUAGCCAUGGCUGCAAUUAGCUGGACGCUGGAGUCUAGUGAAAGCUACUGGAUAUGGCACAGUCUUUGGCACGUCACUAUAUACACAUCAUCGUUUUUCUUCCUCUGCUCAAAAGCCAUUGUUGUAGAGGGUGAGAAUGAAAGACGCUCAGAUGGAAAUUAUGCAUUGACUCGGCAGGAUUCAUUUUCUAGAGGUGUGUGAAUAAGAUGAGGGAAUUUUGCACACAACUUUUAGUUUUCAAUAGAUAGCGUCGUUAUAGCAAAAUAAGAUGUUGUGGCUCCAUGAAGCAAAGCCAUUUUGUAAAUUAUCAUUUUGCACAUAAAAGCCAUAAGAGUGUAGGAGUAUAGAACUCUGGAAGAUAGAAUUGUCAAUGUAGAAGAGCAUUGAGAGAAGCAAGGUGGGAUGCGAGAAUGAAGCUGUCAACUGUAUUACAGAUUGGACGAGCGUCGUCUCAUUGUAAUUUAAAUCCUCUUAUAAAAUCCUUAUGGAAUUUUUGUUAGAUGACCA